UGGACUGUGGAACCUGAAUGGUGGAACGCGUUGGGAAGUCAAUGUGAGCUGUCGCGGCCGCGCUGUUAAGAGUCUACACUGCAAAAACAACUGUGAACGUGAACGGUAACGAAAAAAAUUUAUCCGACCGCUCCAAAAUCCAUCCGGUGGCUCCAGCAACAUCCUGUUUGAAAAAAUAUCCACAGGACUAUACAGGAGGACCUCUGUUUUUUGCUGAACUGAUACUGGCCAGGACUGCCUGGCAACCUCUUUCAUAUAUCAUUUGCCCUUUAUAUGGCCUGAUUUGGGCCACCACCAGGAGCAGCCCCCCGAAAUCAGAGCAAAGAUUAGAGCCAACUCCGGAACAAUGGCAUUGCCGAGCUGCCUCUUAACGGUUCUGGGACUGACGGUCAUAGCCUCCCUCUCCCUGACCACCGAUGCCCUGCCCAUCACAUCGCGGCCCGUGGAGGACAUCCAGCGGAUGGUGUGGAAGGACUGGGUGAACCUGGGACCCGAACAGCAGACCCUCGAGAAGGAGAAGAAGGUCACGGCCAAGUCGAUAUUCACGCUGCCCUUCCGCCACUGCCCGCCCCACCACACCCUCUACAACGAGCUCUGCAUCCCCCAGAGCAACAUCAAUCCCAACCAGCUGAUUGUCCAGGAGCUGAUCCUGGCCGAGACCGCCAACGGCAAGCCCCCGCCGGCCCCCAUCGCCGACUACGAUUAUGGGGAUGAGCCGGAGGACAGUGACGAAAUAGUGUUCGAUAUUGGUGGCAUUCCAUUGCCGGCCAUCGGUCCAGUCCAGCCAUCUGGCCAGGAUCAGGCGCUGCCCAGCGAGGAUGCCCCGCUGAAGUUUAACAUUUUCGAGAAGAAAUUCCCCACGGGAACGGGUGAACCCGACACUGAGCUGGGAGCACUGCUGGGAGCCAUUCCCCCGCCAGUCGCGACAAACACAAAUGCGACAAACACAACAGCUCCGGAAUCGUCAUCGAGUCCUCCGCCUCCGGGCUAUGGGAUGGAUGAUGGGAAUCGCAUUGCCAACGGCGACCUACAGGCCUCCUCCAGCAAUGCUUUGGCCACCACGGCAACACUCACACUGCCCAGCAGCACCACCACUACUACCACUAGCACCACCACCACCACCACCACUAGUCGCAGUGACAUUGGCAAUGUGGAGGCCAUUGUUUUGCCGGCGGAUGGAUCGGCGGUGCAGUUGGUGACAGGUUCUUUGACCGACGGAGGCGAGCCGGAUGCGAAAACGAAUGGAAAUCGUAAACCGAAUAUGGAGGCGGAGGCGGAUCUGGCCCAGCUGCUCAAGGACGACGCGUUUGUGCCGGCCUACGAGGGCAGCAUCGAGGUGCUCCAGCCCCCGUUCAGCCAUCGCCGGGUGUCGCCGCCGUUGAGCGCCGUUCUGGAGGUGAAGAACACCGCCAUCACAACCACCAGCGACGAAGACCUGGAGAUCGAGGGCUCCUCGGAGGAGGGCGAGGAGGAGACAACUACCACCGAUAUAGUGCCAGUGCCGGAGGAAGAGGAUGCUGGGACAACAAUCGCCACAGACGACGAUGAGACAACAGAUAUUGUGGAGAGCUCCCUGACGCCCACAACAAUGGAUCCUGAAACAGAAACAGAAACAGAAAGAGCAACGACGUUGGAGUCGCUUGUUCCAGACUUAGAUGAAGGUAAAAAUGGUCUCGUCUUGAUAAAAUCGAAAGUGCAACCGGUUCAGGUGACAACAACAACUGCCAGAGCCAGUAGUGAUGCCUAUACCAGCUCGACUAGUGACCGGUUUCAUUAUCAGCACUUCGAAGAUGUUGCUGCUGGCAGCAGUACAACAUCAGCAACAUCACAAGCAACAUCACAAGCAACCGAGUCAUCUAGCAGCAGUAAUAGCAUCAGAAAUCGGAGCCAACUGCUUGAGGAGAGCGACAAUCUAAUGACAAACACAAUUGGGGAGGAGGAGGAGGGCCAUAAGACGACAAGUGAAAUUAAUGUCGAGCAGGAGCUGAAGCUCAUCAAUGAGCUGGUGAAGAACAAGAUGAAGUUGCAGAUGCGGACAGCAACAUCGGAGGCAACAACAGAGUCAUCUAGCUCUCAGGCCUGGUCAAAGGUGAUGCCAGAACUAGCAACAUCAACUGCAACAGCAACAUCAACUGCAACAUCAACUGCAACUGCAACAUCUACAACUACGGAGACAGCAUUACCAGAAACUACAACAUCACAAGCAGCCCCAACAACUUUAAGUAUUAGUAAUCCUAGCAAUAGGAAUAGUAAAAUAAUUAGAGUAGACCCAUCACCAGAAACAGCAACAGCAACUAAAGCAACACUAACAAGCAACAGCAACAGCAAAAGCAACAGCAACAUGAGCGAUGGCUAUACCCCCUUCUGGUGGCUGCCGAACAUCGGCUGGCGUUUGGAUCGCCAGGUCGAUGAGAAUGGCGAGGAUCGCUCCUUACUGUUGAGACUCUUCAGCACAUUUCGUGGCAGCGACAGGUCCUCCGAAGGACUACGCUGAUCUGUUGCAGCAGCAACAUCCCAGCAGCAGCAGCAGCAGCAGCAACAACACCUAAGUAGCCCUGCUCCUUGCUCUUUUCCAGAGCAACUGGAGCAGGAGCCUCCCAAAACACAAACACUUGCUGUCGAUUUCAAUUUAGUGUUGAAGUCCGUUCACAGUCGUACCAUCUCGUGUCAGAGUUAUUAUUUAUUUUUUAAUGUUCUACCGCCUUUUUAAUGUUUCGAAUUGAGUGUUAAAUAGUGCCGAAGCCAUGUCCUGAUUGUAAAUAGUAUUUUGAGCAACAACUUUUCAUUUUUAGAUUUCUAAUCACAAUUUUCUCUUUGAUGAGUGCUUCAGUUUUUCUUUUAAGUUGUUGAUUUAAUUUUAGUUUGAUUUUUUUUUUCAAUUAUUAUUUUUUUUUAUUAAUAUUAAUACAUUAAUUUAAAGGAUAGUUUUAUGCUGCUGGCUUUGUUGCUGCCGUUGCCUUAGCAAUAUUUAAUUGUGAUUAUAUAAUAAUAGAACCGUAGCCCUAAGUGAGUGUUAGGAUGUAGGACUUGAAUGUAUCACCCUUCCAGGUUUCUAAUAUUUUUUUUUUAUUCUACAUAAUUAUACAAUUAAUACUACUAUUAAAAAACUAUAUAUUGUAUGUAUCGGUGUGUAAAGUAAAGAUAUACUAUAUUGUUGUA